AGAAGGAACAAAGGUCCUCUACUUCACAUUCUCUCCCAGACUCCCACUUCAAGUUCAAGUCCUUUCAAAUCACACAAAAGCAAGCCAAACAACACCAUCAUCGAUCAAUUCAAAAUCAUGUUCAGUGGCAACCCAGACCCUCCCAAAAAGUCCCUCAUAACUAAACAAGCUGAUGAGAACAAGUUCUUCUCUAAGCAUUUGUCCAAGGAAAGCUCCGUAACUAACCCAUCUUUGAGAGUAUAUUAUGGAGGAUUGCCUGCUAACGUCCCAUUCGUGUGGGAAUCUCAGCCAGGUACCCCAAAUUACGCAUUCAGUGAGGACACAGUACUUCCUCCUCUCACUCCUCCUCCUUCAUACUAUUCCAAUUCCUAUAAAAAACCAACCAACAACAAGCAUUCAAGAUCCAAUCUUUUGCACACCCUUUUCCUAAAAAUAAGUCUCAAGAAAACCCAAGUGCCAUCUUCGCCUUCAUCGUCACCAUCUUCGUUGUUCUCGCCAUCUUCAAAUUCAUCAGUGAGUACAAGGAAGUACCAUGGAAGGAACCGGUUUACGAGCAACUCCUCGUUUGAUUCUAUGGGAGAUUAUGAAGAAGAGGAUGUUGGCUCACCUACUUCAACAUUGUGCUUCCGAUUAAGCAGGGUGAGCACUGGAGGCAACAGAGGCUGCCAUGGAUUUUAACAUGAUGAAAAAGGCAUGAUGGCCAAUGCAAGGUUACUCUUAAGUUUUGUUUGUUUAAUGUCUAGAAUGUAUUGUGGUAGUAACCUCAAUUACUUCUCAAAAUUCUUAUACAUAAUUAUUUAUCUGAAAAAGUGUAUAUCUAGUCGUUGUGCUAAUUCUAAUCAGUCACGCAUACUCCUUUUGCUUCUCUUUCAUUUUCUGAUUUGUACAAGUUCAACGAACAUUAGUUACAUAAUUUGUAGCUCAAGUGGUUAAAAGCGCUUAUUAUUGGAGGUUCCGUAUUUGA